AUGGCGACCACAUACCAAGCAUAUGUUCCUCAGGGUCAGGGACAACAGCCUGCCCAGCCCGUCCAAGUCAAACCUCCAAUUUCAAAAUGGUGGUGGAUCAACUUUUUGAUCACGUCGCUUGUUACUCUCGCCGUUGGCGGCGGGCUACUAGGCGUGGGACUGGGUUCGUUCGAUGGGAGCUCUGGGUCGGUGACGACGUAUGGAGGCAUCAUCUCUGGCGGUUUCGCGUGUAUCGGGAUAGGGGCGCUCUUCAACAUCUUGUUCUGGAUCUUUUGGACGAUUUGGUUUAGGCGUUACCGACGCAUUCAGCGCCAACACCAACAGUAUACGAUUGUCUAUCUCGAUGCUGCUGGCCAGCCAUACGCCACUGCUACCGCUCCGCGAACAUUCCCCCAACCACCUACGAACUAUCCUCCGACGCAGUAUCCGGCUGCGACGAAAUAUCCCGCUGUCCAUCAUCCUCCGGCGAACGCUGUGUCUCCGCAGCCUAUAAGGUAUGCAGCGGCAGAGCUUGGUACAAUGGCGCCGCAGCCCACAGAACUCGCGUUACAACAGCCACCACACAUCACAAGCAUCGAGCUGGCGGCUCAACAGCGGGCGGAGCUGGCUGCCAGCACAGUCCCGAUCUUCCACUAUAGUCAACGGUCGGAUGAAGGAGCGUUGGGAAUGGAGGAACGCGGCGAGAAUGACGCGGCCGAGGAGAUGCGCCGGCAGGUGGUAGAGUGCAGGAAGAAUGUGCAAGGCCUCGAGCAUCCAGACACCCUCUCAAGCAUGAAUCGCCUUGUAACCGUGACCCCAGUGCCAGCAUCCCUCGCGAAGAUCGUUGAGAUCGAUAAGGCGAUCGCUGCGACCGAUGGCCUCGCCUCAGGCGUCGAUAGCGUUAUCCAGGCGGACUUCGACUACUCGUCGGGUCAGUGGGGGAGCGAAGAGAUCCUCGUCCUGGACAAGGCAGCUAUCAGCGAACUGCUGUACAAAGUGCUCCAGGAUGACCAGACCGCCGGCUUCCGCAGCCGCGACGUCGUCACCUACGAGGGAGACAAGCAGAAGCCACCUUAUGUACAGCUUAACUCUAUCGGCGAGACGUUUCGUCCGUAUCGGAUCGCGAAGCGCCAAGACGGCCGACUGGUCGUCUAUGGCCAUGCGGCUCUAUAUCGAGCCAAGCGCGCGUUGGACCGUGCGAAGAACCCAUCCGCCACCCCGUCGGCAGCAGACUUGAUCACCGAGCUCAUCGACCUCGGUCAUGCGGAGGGGGCGCUGCUCGCCCCCAGGGGUUCGGAACUACAGGGGCGCGUCCGGUCGAUCGGGUCGGCGCUGAACGAUGCCGGCGGUAAGAUGCUCAUGCUGCAGGCGCACGAAGCUGUUCGCGACAGACUUGGAGCCACCUGUGCCCACCAGUUAGAAGUUGCUUGGGAUGGGGUCGGCGACUGGCUCGGUUAG